AUGCCAGAAACCUCGCCAACCCAUCAACCACCCCAAGCAUCAAAACCAAACAAAACGACCUCUCCCCCGGAUACCCACCCAGUCGACGUCCCCCCCAACGGCGGCUACGGCUGGAUCUGCGUCGCCGCCGUCGCAACCAUAAACGGCCACACCUGGGGCUUAAACUCCGCCUACGCCGUCUUCCUCGCGCACUACCUCUCUACCUCCACUUUCCCGGGCGCAACACCCCUCCAAUACGCCUUCAUCGGCGGCCUCUCCAUCUCCCAAGCCCUCAUCGUCUCGCCCGUAGCCACAUACACAACCCGGCGCUUCGGCACGCGAACCACCCUUUUCAUCGGCGUGUUCUUCGAAACCGUGUCCUUCAUCGGCGCGUCCUUUGCAUCGUCUAUCUGGCACCUUUUCCUGUCCCAAGGCGUCAGCUUCGACCACACCCUCUUCCGCAAACCCCAAUUCAUCGGCCUCCUCGCCUUCGGCGUCCUAAGCAUGCUCGGCUACAUAGUCCUCCUCUUCUCCCUCCCCUCCUACGCCCGCACAAUCGGCCUAACCGCCAACCAAGGCAGCAUCAUCGGCGCCGUCUUCAACCUCGGGCAAGCCCUCGGCCGGCCCCCCAUAGGCUACUUCUCCGACUCCAUAGGCCGGUUAAACAUGGCUGGCAGCAUGACAUUCCUCGUCGGAGUCUUCUGUCUGCUAAUCUGGAUCUUCGCGAAGAGCUUUGGUGUUCUGGUUUUCUUUAGUUUGGUCGGUGGAUGUGUGGCGGGCACGUUUUGGGCGACGGCUGCGCCGGUUACGACGGAGGUUAUGGGGUUGAGGGAUUUGCCGAGUGCGUUGAGUAUUACUUGGUUGGUGCUUGUGCUGCCUACUACUUUCUCCGAACCCAUCGGCCUCGAGAUCGUCGCGUUCAACGGAGGGAGCUAUACCGGUGCCAUCCUCUUCACGGGGUGGAUGUACAUCGGCGCUGCGGUUUGUCUGUGGAUGGUGAGGACGUGGAAGAUUGGCGAGGAUGAAGAGAAUGCUGCGGCGGCUGCGAAGGGGGGCGUUGAUCCCACAGUGGCUGAGGCGGAGAGCUUUCAACGGAGUCCGUUUGUGAAGAGGAUGUUUAUGGUUAGAAAGGUUUGA